UGAAAUCCCAAUCCCACAAUAAAUGGCUUUAUUCACAACCUCUCUAACGAACAAGGUGUGGAAAGCAAUGCUUGUUGGAAGUAGGAUCCAAGGGAAGCGUCGUUUGGCGUCGUCCACUACAGCCCCAGCGGCCAAUAAUAUUCAAAAGGCUUCUUCUUCUUCUUCUUCUUCCUCUUCUUCUAAGGGCGGUUCUAGUUCGAGCGAGUACAUGAAAGGUGAGUAUGCCCCAAUCUACAUUGUGGUGGGGAUGGUGGCGGUGGCUGUAUCCAUUGGAACCCACACUGCGAAGCAGCAGCUGCUACAUUCGCCGGUGGUUAACUUUAGCAAGAAGAAGAGGGAAAGCAUUCCGGAGGUCGACGACCCCGACACCAUUAUUAAUUCCGCCAACAAAUUUAUCAACAAAUCCUUUCUUAGGAAAGUUGCUCACAUUCAGGAAGACACCAAGACCCUACCCGAUCCCGUUCACCCCAACCCAUUUACCCGGCCGCGCAAUGCGGAAACUCUGAAGACGGCUGGAGUGGAUCCUACCCGACGUUGAACAACUUUGUGUGUCACACUCACAAGUAUUAUAAACAUUAUCGUCCCAAGUUUUUUUUUUUUUUCUUCGUGAUGUGUAUAUAUAAUAUUAUGUAUAAUGGGCCCUUCUGCUUUUGCUUUUCAGACUUAAAGUACUAGGGAAUGUGGCCUUGAU